CUCGGAGGAAGCGUGAAGUUACAGCCGCUCCGCGAGCCUCGUGGAAAUACAGCAUUAUAUAUAAUAAUAUCUGCCAAACUGCAAAAUCAUUGACAAACGCUGGCAGAAAUGAACUCGUCUAAAAGAAGUGAAAGUGACUGGCAAGGUUUAGUUAGUGAGUUCUUGAUAUGCAAGCGUAAGCUGGAGAGCAAGAAAGAUGCUCUUCUCAUUCUGUCCAAAGAGCUGGACACCUGUCAGCAGGAGAGAGACCAAUACAAGCUGAUGGCCAACCAGCUUCGGGAGACACACCAGAGCUUGAAGAAGAAAUACAGAGAGCUAAUUGACGGUGAAUCUUCACUUCCCCCAGAAAAACGCAAUCAGGUGAAUUUGGCUCAGUUGCUGAUGGAUUCGAGGGAGAGAAAUAAACAGCUUGCUGAAGAGGUAAAGGAAGUGACGCAGAGACUCAGCGAGACUCAGGGAGACAAUAAGCUGUUAAGGAUGACUAUCACAAAACAGAGGCUUGGAGAUGAUGAAGUCGGCAUCAGACAUUUUCCAGCCCAUGAGCGCGAGGAUCUGGUCCGGCAGCUGGAGAAAGCGGCUUUACAUAGAGAAGAGCUUGAGCACACUCUGAAGACGCUGAGUGAUGAGCUGCAGGAUGUGAAGGCAGAAAGGACUGUUUUUAAGGAGAAAUCUGAACGCCUCAACCUAGAGCUGAACCACAUUCUGGGUGGACAGGAGAAGCGCAUCAUCGAUGUGGAUGCUCUCUGCAUGGAAAACAAGUACUUGCAUGAGCGAUUAAAACAAGUUCAGGAGGAGGUCAGCCUGUUAAAGAGUAACAUACAGAAAUAUAAGACUGCUCUGGAUCGAAGAAAAAACCCUGAAAUCGGUGGCAAGUCCAGUAGCAGAUCUCUCACUGGUGUCCUUUCUCCUAAACAAGUGCAUGGCUUUCUGUCAGAGGAGAACGGCUGCAGUUUACCAGCAACACCUCAGUCCAUCUCAGACCUGAAGUCUUUAGCCACAGCUUUACUGGAGACCAUUCAUGAGAAGAACAUCAUCAUUCAGCACCAAAGACAGACCAACAGAAUUCUUGGAAAUCGAGUUGCUGAUUUGGAGAGGAAGCUGAAGACGCUGGAAAUUUCAGGACUUUGGAGUCUCCCAGGAAGUAGAGACGCCAUCACUCUCAGUCCUGCUCUUCUGUCCUCCACUGACCAAUCAGAGGCUCUGAUCUUCUCCACCAAUUCUGCAGAUGACAGGACAGGAAGAGGAGGGCCGUCGCUGUGGGAACGGGACACAGCUGGCGAUGACAGCUUCCCGAACAUGUGGCGCGGUUCCCGGCCCGGUCCAGAUGGAGGCGCAGAGGAGGAGGACACACCUGUCACCCGUGAGGAGAGCGACCCAAGCGGGACACGCACUAAUGGACAGGUAGGGACCCAGCUGAAGGAGAAAAAGACAGCAUUUUUUCCAGUAACGGAGGAAAUCGCGGCUGUGGAGGAGCUCUGUGUGGUCCUGGAGGCUGAAGAUGCUGUGCUGGCUUUAGAUCCUGCAGGAUUACAGCUUCAGUGGACACAAACGCCUUCAGUUACUCUUAAGCAAAGUGCAUGUAAAAACACUGACAUUAAAAACACCGCGGGUUCACCAGCAACUGACUUAGGAGAGAUUUCAGAAGGUGCCGCUGUAAAGAAAGAGCCUAUAGAGGAAAGUGGAUCCUCUUUCGUAUCAUAGUAUUGGAAAUUGAGGAGUGUUUUUGAAGGGAUAAUUCACACAAAAUGUACAAGUCUGUCAUUAUUUAAUCACCAUUACCUUGUUCAAAACUGUUUCAGUUUCUUUCGACAAAACACGAAAGAAGAUUUUUGGGAAAAAUGCUGGCACUUAUUGACUUAUUUGACUUGACCUAUUGACUUAUUGACUUUUUUUUCUUACUAUGGUUGUCAAUGGGUGCAGUCAGCAUUCUUCAAAAUAUCUUCUUUUAAAAAAUAUCAGAAAAAAUGAGUCAUGAGGAUGAGUAAAUGAUGAGGUAAUUUUAGUUUUUGUGUGAACUAUCCCUUUAAUACCAUUUCAGAAUCUUAGCGUCUAUUUGUGAUGUCAAAAACUUAUAAAAAAUGCAAGUAAUAAACAAUAAAACCAGCAAACAAACAAAUGCAAGUGUGUUACAUAAGAUUUUUUUACAUUAACAACAAUUCUAAAACCUCCUCAAAAUGAUACUAAACAACUCUUCAAAUGAGUUCAGUGCAUAAAAGAGCUUUCUGUAUAAAAAGCAGGACAGUGCCUAAAAAUAUCUUUGACAGAAAGUGGAAACUGCCUGAUGCAUGUCGAGACAUUAUGAUGUGGCACAUUAUCAAUCAGAUAAUAAGCAUCUGAAUAAAAGAAAUAAAAAACACAUA